AUGGAUAAUAAUAGAUUCAACCACCACCAAUUUGUCUCCGAGCUGGAAGAAACCAACCAAAUUUGUCUCCGAGCUGGAAGAAUCCGAGCUUUCGCCGGAAAACAGCGGAGAAAAUACGGCCAAAAACCCAUCAAAGGUUCCCCCUACCCCAGAGGAUAUUAUAGAUGCAGUAGCUCAAAAGGAUGCCCGGCCAGAAAACAAUUAGAGAGAAGUAGGGUGGACUCCAACAUGCUAGUGGUCACAUACUACAGUGAACACAACCACCCUUUGCCGGCAUCUAGAAACAGCCACCACCGCACAACCGCGGCGGCGGCGGCGGCCGCCGCCGCCACAACAACUUCAUCGGUAUCCGAAGAUGAAGAAGAAGAAAUGGAGGAGGAAGAGAAGAAGCCCACGAAUCUAUUAUCCAAUAUUAACAAUCAAUCUUCUCAAGAACAAGUAGUGGUUAAUCCCGAUCAUUACAGAUUCACUAAUCUCGGUGAAGGGCCGUUGUUAAUCAACGGCGGUGAAUUUGGAUGGUUUUCUGAUUUCGAGUCCACGUCAUGCACCAUGCUGGAGAGCCCGAUUUUAACGGAGGACGACGGAAUUAAUAUGGACAACGAAAUGGCAAUGAUUUUCACAAUGCGGGAGGAGGAUGAGUCGCUCUUCGCAGAUCUCGGCGAGCUGCCGGAGUGUUCGACGGUGUUCCGCCGUGGGAUGGCCCAGAGAGAGGCGGUGCAACGGCGGCCUAGCUUGGCCAGCACCAGUUGAUUUAUAUAUAUAUACAUACACCCAUGUGCCGGCCCCACCCGACCCGUUUGUGCGUGAGAUGAACAGAUUAUUACUGCUAUUAUAUUUUGAUUUAUGGAGUAUCGUACGUCGACAGUUAACCUAGUUUUUGUGUUUGAACUUUGAAGAAAAAGGGUAUUUCACAUUUUUUUAUUUUUAUGUAAUUUUAAAUAAAUAAAUAAAUAAAUAAUAUAAUUGUUAUAUCAGUGUAGUGGUUAGGGAAUAAAUUAAAAAUUGUUUUGAUUGGGGGUUAAUGUCAUAAUCUUCUUGUAAUUAGCACCAUUA